AUGAUAAUCAGUGACAGAAAAGAUAUAGAACAUUGUAGACAAGCUCAAAAGUCAACAGAGUCAGAGAUAAGGGCUGUUAUUGAAAUAAACUCUAGUCUUCAAGAAUCUGUAACUGACCUGAAGGCACGCUCAAUGCGCGACAAUCUAGUAUUCACAGGAAUACGGGAACAUGCGUGGGAAAACACCGAACAGGUACUGCAAGAUUUCCUCCAAAGAAAGUACAGACUGGAAUACCCAUUAGAUUUUGACAGAGUUCACAGAAUGGGCAAGUUUAAUGAAUUUAGUGAGUUGUCGAGAAAAAUAGUGGCCAAAUUUUCAUUUUUCAAGGACAAGGACCACAUACUAUCAAAUGCAGUUAGAAGACUUAGGGGAAUUGGAGUGUUUGUAAACGAGCAGUUUCCACCUGAGAUCGAGGAGAAAAGGAAAAAGUUGUACCCUGUGAUGAAACAAGCGAAACUGGAUCACAAACGUACAAAGUUGGUGUGUGACAAACUCUUUAUUAACGGGAAGGAAUACAUCCCGCAGGAAAACGCCCCCGUUUUUAGAUCCGAGUGGAACAGUGAAUCCGCCCCUGAUCAGAUCAACAGAACACCGAAAGACCGCAAUUUAAAGAGGGCACGAGUAUCAUCAACACCAGACAAGUAG